AUGGCAGAAAAAAUCUUAGAGAAGUUAGAUGUCCUUGAUAAGCAAGCAGAGAUAAUCUUGGCCAGAAGAACAAAGAUAAACAGGCUUCAGAGUGAAGAAAGAAAAACAACUAUGGCUAUACCCCUGACAUUUGAUUUUCAGUUGGAAUUUGAAGAGGCUAUUGCUACGUCCGCAUCUAAGGCAAUAUCAAAGAUCAAAGAAGACAAGUCAUGCAGCAUUACAAAAUCAAAAAUGCAUGCCUCUUUCAAAUGUAAGCCUGAACCUAGAAAGAGUGAUUUUGAAAAGUCAAAUUUAAGACCAUUCUUUGUUCAAACAAAUAUAAAAAAUAAAGAAAGUGAGUCAACAGGUCAAAUUGAAAAAAAACCUGGGAAACCAUUGGAUUCUGUUGGUCACUUAGAAGGUGAUAGAAAUAAAAGAAAAAAAUCUCCACAGAUGAAUGAUUUUAAUAUAAAAGAAAACAAAUCGGUCAGAAAUUAUCGAUUAAGUAAGUAUCAGUCAGUAAGAAAGAAAAGCUUGCUCCCGUUGUGCUUUGAGGAUGAACUGAAAAAUCCGCAUGCCAAGAUAAUCAGCGUUAGUUCAACAAAGACAGUAACUUCUCACAUGGAACAAAAGGACACAAAUCCCAUAAUUUUCCAUGACUCAGAAUAUGUACGAAUGUUACUUUUGACAAAAAAUAGAUUUUCUUCUCAUCCAUUGGAAAAUGAAAACAUUUACCUACAUAAAAGAACAAAUUUUGUUUUAGAAAGAAAUUGUGAAAUCCUCAAAUCUAUAAUUGGAGAUCAAUCUAUUUCUCUUUUCAAACCCAAAAAAACAAUGCCUACAGCACAGAGAAAAGAUAUACAGAUCCCGUUGUCUUUUAAAGUAGGCCACACAACUGUCGAUGAUAAACUAAAGAGGAAAACUAAUAAGCAGACACCAGAAAACAGAUCUUGGAAUACACUCUAUAAUUUCUCACAGCAUUUUUCUAGCCUAACAGAACAAUUUGUGGGUUACCUUGAUAAAGCUGUUAUUCAUGAAAUGAGUGCCCAAACUGGAAAAUUUGAAAGAAUGCUUUCCAUAGAAAAACCAACGAGCAUACCCACAUCCAGUGCCUCACCUGUCAAAUGUUACUCAAAGCCUUUUAAAUAUAUAUAUAAACUAAAUAAUGUAACACCACUGGAUAAUUUAUUAAACUUGUCAAGUGAAAUUUUAAAUGCCUCAUAA